GUGAGAUAUGGUAGGUUUUAUACUAGUGACCAAUUUCAGAUGGAAUAAAUAACCAAAUCCAGAACAUUAUAAUAGUCUUGUCUACAGAUUUAUAGUUAAAUGCCCCAUCGCAUGUAACCCAUUAUCUGUAAAGUACCCAUUGUCGGUACACAUUUUGUAAAAAAAAAAAAUAUAUAAAUAAAUACACGUUUUUGAAUCUGAUGGUAAUCUAAACACAACCGUAACAUCAAAUGUUUCUGUCAACAGAGUUGGUCUGGUAAUAAAAAAAAUAAUAAAAAAAAAAUCACUAAACAUGACAAUUGUAAUCUCCUUCAUGCAUUAAAUCAGUGGUUUUCAAAGUGGGGGCCGCGGCCACCAGGGGGCGCCCGGCGGGCGUCAACAAUUUGGUGUGAAAAAUAAAUAAAUACAUGAUUCUCUCUCUCUCUCUCUCUCUCUCUCUCUCUCUCUCUCUCACACACACACACACACACACACACACACACACACUCAAUUCCUAAUAUAAUGUAAAGAUGUAAGGGAUAUAUUCAGAAGUGUGUAUUUUUAAUGUGUUUUAAAGACAUCUUGCAAAAGGGGGGCCUCGGUCAAAUGUUAAUGCCAUUUGGGGGGCCUUGCCCUGGGAAAGUUUGGGAACCCCUGCAUUAAAUCGCAUACAUUUCUAACCACGUGAUCAUAAGUGGAAAAACAAGUGAAGAAGGCACAUUUCAACAUGGCAUGCCCUGAAAUUGCACGUGAGUUCAUGUAAACACACGUGACAUCAUGUGAAUAAUAUGGGCUCACGUGAAAAGGAAUUCGGUGAGAGAAUUUCCUUUGAGAAAUGAAACCACGUGGAAAUGAAAUCAUGAACGUGAAUAAUGUGACGAAAUCACAGAAAUAACAUGACAAGCAAUAGAUUUGCAAAAAGUAUCUGAAAACUGAUACGUAUUCUUUUCCACGUGACUUUAUUUUCGAGGAAGGAGCACGUGCGCACGUGGGGCCAUGUCGUGGUUCGGCUGGAGCGAGCCUGUGUACCGGAGCGCGCGGCGCGAGCCGGCUGAGGCGGUGACGGACACACUGAUGCUCGAGCUCAGCUGGCAGAUGAAGGAGGCGGAGCGGCUGCAGCGCGAGCGCGAUAACGAGUACCGGCGGCUACGCACCGGCGUGGACUACAGCUGGCUGGUGAGCGCGCCGCGCGUCUCCUACGACAUCAGCCACGGAGAGAGACUGGCGCUCGAGGACCUGUGCAGCAAAGUACAUCCGUCCUACUGCGGAGCCGUGAUCCUCCGGUUUCGUCAGGUCCUGACAGAGAACGAGCCAGAGGUGCAAGAGGUUUCCGGUCUUUUCCGUGCCGUUCUUCUCGAGACACUGGAGCGCAUUCAGGAGGAGAAGGAGGCACAGCGCUUGGCUCGGCAGUGGAAUAACAAGCGCUCCAUCAGCCUGUCCAUGCUUACAUUCAAAUCCCGAAUGAGAAUCAAUCCGUUCGGCAGCUCUGUGGCUCUCACCUCCAGCAGUUCUGGAUUAGAGGAAGUCCGUACCAUAUCUCAGGAUGUUGAAAAAGGACUUGGACACACAGCUGAAAAGGCACAACGCGUGAUUAGCAUGCCUGAUUUCAGACACAAAGGCAUUAAUGGACAUGUGUGAUCAACGUUUGGACUCCAAAAACACGACUUCAUGAAUAGUGCUGCACGAUGGAUUGAAAAAAAAACAAACAAACAAAAAAAACAAAACAAAACAAUCCUACAAGGUAAAUUCAUGAUAUAAUAACCACCAAAACAUCAUACAACGGGUUUUCUGCACAUCACUUUCCAUUUUCAAAAGCACAACAGUAAAUAAUAAUAAAUAGUUUUCUAUAUAAAAAUGCUAAUGAUGUAAAUAUUUCUCUGAUUGCAACGUACCUUCAUACUGAU